CCGCCAUGACAUGUUAAUAUUGCAUUGACGCUAGCGCCAGAGGAGUUAGCGACGAGUUACGAAAGCUUCGAAGUUGACAUAUCCCGGAAAAGACUUUUAUCUUCGUUUAUAAUUUGUCAAAAAUCAAACUCAUGUCAGAGAGUAAGGAGGUUUAGAGUGUAUAAAUAUAGCAACUAUUUAUAUUGUUUCAAGAAUCCUGUAUAUGUUUGUGCGAUGAGUUUAUAUUUUUGUGUAAAUAAUUUUAGCCGGUGUAUUAUUUGUUUUCGCAAUUGUUAAUUCUUUUAUAUCGCAAAGGUUGCGAUAAUAGAGUAAUAAUAUAUUUUCUUUAAUUAGCCUUGGAGUACGUAGAAGGGACAGUGUCGUAUCCUUUCAACUGUGAUACAGUGUCUUGGUUACUUCUGAAUAAUUGAAAUUGUAAUUAUUAUUUUUUACAUUGGGUGUGUUGUAUUGAUAUGCAUAUUAUCUAUAUGUUAUUUUUAUUUUGUAUUGUACAUUAAUAUUACACAGCUUUGCGCAGCGGUGGCAACGCCUGUUUCCCUUUCUACUUCACUACUCACUUAUACAUAUAUUACAGCGUUUUUUUUUUUUUCUCUUCUUUGAUUAUUUUUGCACUUAGUAUCAUGGCGACUCCAGAAGAGCAAAUCCAUCUUCUUCAGGAACAAUUGAAAUUACUGCAAGCAAAUGAUAAACAAGUCAUGGCUGCGUCGGCGAAAUUACCACCAUUUUGGACUGACAAGCCUUCUGUAUGGUUCGGGCAAGUUGAAGCACAAUUUGAGAUUUCCGGUAUAACACAGGAACGCACGAAAUAUAACUAUGUAGUUGCGGCUUUAGAAAGUCAAGUGGCAGGCGAAAUAGCAGAUAUCAUAGAGAAUCCACCAAAAGAGGAUUGUUACCAGUAUUUAAAAACAGAGCUUAUUAAUCGCCUCUCUGCAUCAAGAGAGGAAAGACUACGUAGACUAUUAGGCGAGGAAGAUAUAGGGGACAGAAAACCAUCCCAGUUUCUUCGUCACUUACGUGGCUUAGCUGGUUCUGUUUUAAAAUGUGAUGACAUUAUUCGGCAAUUAUGGUUGAAACGUCUCCCGACUAGUAUACAGUGUAUACUUGCUACGCAUGAAGGUAUGCCAUUGGAGAAGGCAGCGGAUAUGGCUGAUAAAAUAGCUGAGGUGGCUAGUUCGGUGACUGUACAAGCUGUACAAGGACCAUCAUCAGAGAUGACUGAUCUUCUUUUGCGUAUCGAUGCCCUCGAAGCGCGUUCAAGGAAAUCCAGAUCGCUCUCAAGGCCACGGGGGUUAAAUAUAAGAUCCCGAUCAGCGUCUCGAGCACCUACUGGAUUCUGCUGGUACCACAGAACGUUUGGCAGGAAUGCUAAACGAUGUACUACUCCUUGUAAUUGGAAGAAUUCGGAAAACCAAAUGAGCAGUCAGUAAGUGCGGCGACUGACUGCGAUCCAAGCAUUAGCCGCCGUUUGUUUGUAACAGAUAAAACAACAGGUCGGAGAUUUUUAAUAGACA